CAAAGAACCACGCGAACCGAACCCACGCACCAUCAGCGAAGAGGAGAGGGGGCGGCCAAAGACAAGAGAAAACGCAGCCGCCGCCGGGAGGAGAGCGCAGCGUGGGAGCAAGGAGCGGCAGCCGGCAGGCAAUGGGCAACAGCAUCGGCGGCCGGCGCAAGGGCGCCAAGGUGAUGCAGCUGGACGGCACCGCCUUCAGGGUGAAGCCGCCGGCGUACGCGGGCGCCGUGCUGCGCGACCACCCGGGCUUCCAGCUGCUCGAGUCGGAGCAGGUCAAGCUGCUCGGCGUCCGCGCGCGCCCGCUCGAGCAGGACGCGCUGCUCCGCCCGGGCCGGCUCUACUUCCUCGUCGCGCUGCCCCGCCCCACCGUGCCCCCGCGCCGCGCCUGGUCCGGCGCGCUCCACGUCGGCGCGCGCGAGAGGCUCGAGUCGCUCAUGCUCACGCGCCGCUCCACCUCCGACCUCACCUUCCCGACCUCGGGCACCGCGCCGGCCUCCCCGAUGUCCACCGCCUCCGAGGGCGGGCCGGUCCAGCUCAGGAUGCGCCUGCCCAAGGCGCAGGUCGCCAAGCUUAUGGGCGAGAGCCGGGACGCCGCCGAGGCGGCCGCUAAGAUCAUGCAGCUCUGCGCCGCCAACGGCGCUGUGACGCCGGAGCGGAGCCCGCGGUUCCUGCCGACGGCGGACUGGGGCACUGGUGGGUUCGCGCAGACGCCAGAGCGGAGCCCGCGGUUCGUGCCGACGCCGGACUGGGGCGCCGGCAGGUUCGCGCAAACCCCAGAGCGGAGUCCCAGGUUCGCCGUCACGCCCGAGUGGGGUGCCAGGUUCAUGAUGCCGACGACGCCGGAGAGGGGCGUAGAGACGGCGAAGACGCCGGAUAGGUGGCCCGCUUUACCCCGCACGCCGGAGUAUGCAUCAGCGGACGUCAAGGCCAGCCGGAAGGAGAAGCGAACGCGGUUCCUGGCCUUGCCGGAUGAGAUCAUAGCAUGAUGGCUUCUCGUCCACCUGAAGUGAUAGAUCGAUCGACCACAGAUUGCCGGAGCUGGGGACGAGAGGCCGCCGACGGUUUCCUGCCUCGCGCCUCGCCCGCUUCUUCUUCUUCUCCUUCUUCUUCUUCAUACGGCAUGGAGCGUCGUUUUCCUCUCUUGUUUACCUUUUUAGCCUCGGCCUGCGAUAACAUUGCUGCGAGCUGUGGUGCUCUCAGUAGUUAGCUUAGGGGAGAUGUAUAUGGACCUCUACGUAUAAACUUACACACAUAUGAUCCUGUGCGUGACGUUGGAGAUCGGACCCGCCCUGUGUUGUCGACGGCGUCGGGUCGUCUCCCAACCUUGUUGCAAUCGGCUUUCGCACGUCGCGUGCCGUCUGGUCUUUUUUUUUUUUUGUAAAUACAUACUUGGUUCAAGAUGAAUAAUAAUGGAUCUAAUUUAA